AUAUUACAAGUCACUCCAAUUAUUAAAAAAGCAGAACAAGAGAGAAAGAGAGAGAAAGAUAGGGUUUUUUUGAGGUGUGUGUAUUUGUAUAUAUAUCAUAUAUAUAUUUGCAUACGGUUUCUUCUUCUUCAUCCUCUAACAGUAUCAUCAUCACCUACUUGAUUUAGCAAAAGGAGACUCUGAGGAGAUGUCUUCAUCGUACAACAACUCAAUUUCAUCAUCUUCCACUCAGUCUUUCCUCCUGGUCAGCGCCGCCACCGGAGCAAACAACUCUAACCGUGAAGAGACGGCGAUGACGAUGAUUCAACAACCCAACUCCGUUGCUCCACUACCACCACCCAAGAAACGAAGAAACCAACCCGGAAACCCAAAUCCAGAUGCUGAAGUGAUAGCGUUAUCUCCAAAGACAAUAAUGGCGACGAACAGAUUCCUAUGUGAAGUAUGCAACAAAGGGUUUCAAAGAGAACAGAAUCUACAGCUUCACCGGAGAGGACACAACCUUCCAUGGAAGCUGAAACAAAAGUCUAAACAAGAAGUGAUCAGGAGGAAGGUGUAUCUGUGUCCGGAGCCCACGUGCGUCCACCAUGACCCGUCACGUGCUCUCGGAGACCUCACCGGUAUUAAGAAGCAUUAUUACCGGAAGCACGGUGAGAAGAAGUUUAAAUGCGAGAAAUGCUCUAAGCGUUACGCUGUUCAAUCUGAUUGGAAAGCUCACUCUAAGACUUGUGGUACCAAAGAGUAUCGCUGUGACUGUGGUACCAUCUUCUCUAGAAGAGAUAGUUACAUUACGCAUAGGGCGUUCUGUGAUGCAUUAAUACAGGAAUCAACAAGAAACCCUACCGUGAGCUUCACGGCAAUGGCAGCAGCUGCUGGUGGAGGUGGCAGUAGACCUGGAUUUUACGGCAGUGCUGCUUCUGCUCUCUCUCACAACCAUUUCGGUAACAACUCAAACACUAGUUUUGCCCCUCUAGCUGCAGGUUACAAUCUUAACCGUUCAUCUACCGAAAAGUUUGAAGCCUUCCUUCCUCAGUCCUCAAACCCUAAUCCCGGUCCUACCAAUUUUCUCAUGCAAUGCCCUUCGAACCAAGGAUUCUUGUCGCAGAACGAUCAGACACUCAUGAACCAGCACGGUCUGAUCAGCCUCGGUGAUAACAUCAACAACAACAACAAUAACAACAGCUUGUUCAACCUCGGAUACUUUCAAGACAACACCAAGAACACUGAUCAUACAAGUGUCCCUUCUCUUUUCACCAAUGCUGAUAACAACGAUCCAUCUGCUUUGCUUAGAGGGUUAACUUCUUCAUCUUCUUCAAGUGCGGUCGUUAAUGACUUUGGAGAUAGUGAUAAUGGAAACUUUCAAGGUCUGAUGAACUCUCUAGCUGCGACAACAGAUCAUCAAGGCCGGUCCGGUAGCAGUCUUUUCGACCUUCAUUUUGGAAACAAUCUUAGCAUGGGAGGCUCUGAUAGGUUGACUUUGGACUUUCUUGGCGUCAGUGGAGGCAAUGUGAGCAACGUAAAUGGUAGUGGUCGUAGUGGAGCUCCUUUGGACGUUGAUAUGAAGUUUCCACGUCCAAAUAAUCCAUUUGAAAAAUCUUGAUGCUGGUAUCUUGGAUAAUUUAUUUUACGCAUCUUUUUUUCGUUUGUCGUUUUCAACUAUUAAAGUGAAUACAUAUCUUAAGUAAUAUUUGGGAUUUUUCAACGAGUAAGUCAAUUCCAUUAGUUAGACGUUUUUUUCUCGGAAA